AUGAGCGGAGGAGGAGGAGGAAGACGCGGAGGGGUCGGAAAAGGAGCACGACCACUUUCCGUGUCCGAAGACAACAACACGGACAAUUCCAACGAGCUUUUAGAGCAAGCAAGUGAGUUCUUGUUGAAUUCACCCGAGAAGAAUACGAAGAAGAAUAAGAACAACAAAGGGUCGUCUCCUAACGAAAAAGACACUAUUAGCGAGAACAGCGAGAAGAACACGAGGAGCUCGGAGUCGGAGUGGACGACGGUAGUGUCAAAGAGAAAUCAUCUGUAUUUGGACACGAGCAAAAUGAAUACAAAGUCGUUAGGGGAAGACGGGCAACAACAAGCCUCCCCAGUCGCUUUAUCGCCGAUGACGAAAGUCAUACGAGAGGCGGAGAAGUUCGUCUCCAGAAAUGAUGCAGAGAAUAAUAACGCUACGACGAACAAUAACAACAACAACAAUGGGAAGGGGAAGAGUAACAGAAACUUGGAUUUUGAUUCCGCGACUAAUAAUACUACGGAAGAGGAGUGGCAGCAGCCGAAGAGCAAGAGAAAGAACAGCAUCACGUCGCCACCACCGAAAGUGAAAAUGCAUCAGAAGAAGAUUGAACUGCAAGACGACGACUAUUUUUCAGAGAGCGGCGGGACGCCAUCGCCGAGCGCGGGGCGAAAGAAUCAGUAUUUUGCCAACAAGAAGGUUGGUUCGACGACGACGACAAAGAAAGCAAACGGUAGUAAAGAGAACGAGCCCAACCGAGAAAAAACGAAUAACAACAACGAAAACAACAACAAAACAGUGACCUUCAACACUACGGCAACGGCGAUUGCGCCUUCAUCUUUAUCUUCUUCUUCAACUCCCGGAUCAGAACCCGCGUUCGCGACGAGAGGGGACAACAAAGGACGAAGCGCGGUGUCGUUUCAAAAUUUAUCGAGACAAUCUUCAGUAGAUCAGAUGGAAGCGAUGUUCUCACCGAGCGACGCGUCAGAUGCGUUCGGUAUGCCAUCGCCGUCUGGUUCGAUGUCGAAUCUGUUCGCCGAAAGUGGAGAUGAAGGGGACGAGUUAUCUCAGAGAGGUAAAAAAAUAGGUAAACACGUGAAGAUUAUGCGUAAAGAAAGCAUUUCACAAAUCGAUUCGAUUUUAGAAGGCGAAGAAUACGACCCUGCUCGACACGACGACGAGGACGACGAUGAUAGUGACGAGGACGACGAUGAUAGAAGUGAGACUAGUUUUGAUUCGGACAGGCAAAGACGAAAGACGACGACAUCGUCGCGGAGCCAAGGAGCAAAAGGAGGAGGAUUCGGCUCUCCAUUUAAGACGCGAAAUAAAGCGUUCGCGAACGAUGUGGACGAUUCAGAAGGCGAAAGGAAAGAGGCAGGUAUUAUAGAUAAUAAGAUGAAUAACGACGAGAACUUGGACGAGAACUUGGACGAACUCUACGCGUUGAAAGAUAAAGUAACGGAGAAGUUUUUUGCGUACAAAAACAAACCCGAUUUCACCCUCCAGCAAGCGCAGGAGAUGUUGAAGAAAGCAGAGGAGUUACUCGCGGGGGAUGCGAAAUCGGCGUUAGAAAUCGACCAGAGGUUAAUGCUUCUGGAGCAAGAGCUACGUGAAAUGCGUCAAGAUGCGACGAUAUUCUUUUACGGCGUGGGAGGCAUUUUCUUGGCGUGGACCGGCAUGAAAGUCGUCGGCUACGUUUGGUCCUUCUUCGGAUGA